AAGGCGAUAGACGUUGUUUUUUUAAAUGAAGAAUCGCCUUUCGUUAUAAGACGGAAGGAUUUAUGUUUUCCAUAUUAAAGAAAUAAAAAACAGCAAUAGAAGUAUAAAUUUGAAAGUGUCAAAUGACCCACGAAGAAAAUGUAGAAGUUGUUGCGAUGGAACAACAGCCUGCAGAAGUGGAAACAGUGCAAGUUCCGCAACCACCGCCACAAACAACGUCAGCGCAAUUUGAAGAAGAGCAGGCUUUCUUACAAUACAUUGAAAUGGAUAAUUUUAAAUCCUACCAAGGCCGCGUUGUCGUUGGUCCUCUGAAACAAUUUACGGCCGUGAUUGGACCCAAUGGUUCGGGAAAGUCAAAUUUUAUGGAUGCCAUAAGUUUUGUGAUGGGCGAAAAAACAUCCAGUUUACGCGUGAAGCGCUUAAAUGAUUUAAUUCAUGGUUCGUCAAUUGGAAAGCCAGUUGCCCGUAGUUGUUACGUGAUUGCGAAAUUCAUCAUUAAUGGCGAUCGUCAUAGGGACUUUAAGCGAGCCGUUAUUGGCGGCUCUUCAGAAUAUCGAAUAAAUGAAGAGCCUGUUUCUAGCAGCGUCUAUCUAGCAAAACUUGAGAAACUAGGAAUUAACGUUAAAGCAAAAAAUUUUCUUGUAUUCCAAGGAGCCGUCGAGAACAUUGCAAUGAAAACACCAAAAGAGAGGACGGCAUUGUUCGAAGAAAUUAGCGGCUCGGGUUUGCUAAAAGAGGAAUACAAUCGAUUGAAACAUGAAAUGAUACUGGCUGAGGAGGAAACUCAAUUCACUUAUCAAAAAAAGAAAGGUAUAGCAGCUGAAAGGAAAGAAGCCAAAUACAAAAAAAUGGAAGCCGAACGUUAUACCCGCUUGAAAAAGGAAUAUACUGAGAAGCAAAUUGAAUAUCAACUCUUUAGGCUCUAUCAUGUGGAAAAAGAUAUACAAAAACUGAAUGUAGAUCUUGAAAGUAAACAGAAGGAAAUCAAAAAAGUAGAAAUGCGCAAAGAACAAGCCGACGAUGUAUUACGUGAGAAGAAAAAGGAAGCUGGGACGCUGAAUCGCGAAUUGGCAAAAGUCGAUCAAGAAAUACGAGAAUUUGAAACUCAAAUGAACAAAAAGCACCCGCUUUAUAUAAAGGCUAAAGAAAAAGUGGCUCACUGUCAGAAGAAAUUAAGUUCUCUGCAGAAGACGCUGGAAACCGCUCGGGAGGCGGACAAUGCUCAUCAGCAGGAUAUACGUAAAUUGGAAAAACAAUUGCAGGAGGUUGAGCAAAUGAAGAAACGUUUUGAAGACGAAAUUGAGAAUGAGUCUCAUCGACGUGGCAAAAGUGUACAUAUGGAAGAGGGGCUUGUCCAAGAAUAUGAUCAACUUAAGCAGCAAGCAGAAGCGACAGCUACUCGUUAUCGUUCAGAAUUAGAUUCAGUAAAUCGUGAGCAAAAAUCAGACCAAGAUAUGUUAGAUGGGGAAACCAACCGUCGUGCCUCAGUUGAAGAAGCUCUUAAGAAAUUGACUCUACAGCGUGAAGAGGCUGUUAAGCGACGUGACAAACUUAUGGACCACAUUAAUUCAUCUAAGGCAGCUUUAGAGGAACAGAAUCGCAUCAAAGACGAAUUAAAACGCGAUGUCGGCAGUUCGAAAGAGAAAAUCGCUGAAAUUCAAAGAGAAUUAGAAAAUGUUCGCGAUCAACUAGGCGAUGCUAAAAGCGAUAAACAUGAGGAUGCAAGACGUAAAAAGAAACAAGAAGUAGUGGAAUUGUUUAAAAAACAAGUGCCCGGUGUGUACGAUCGUAUGAUAAAUAUGUGUCAGCCUACACACAAACGUUAUAAUGUGGCCGUCACGAAAGUUUUGGGCAAAUUCAUGGAAGCUAUUAUAGUCGACACGGAGAAAACAGCUCGACAAUGUAUACAAAUACUGAAGGAACAAAUGCUUGAGGUGGAAACCUUUCUACCUUUGGAUUACUUACAAGUUAAACCCUUAAAAGAACGUUUACGAAAUAUCACCGAACCUCGGAAUGUCAAACUGGUGUACGAUGUAUUGAAAUUUGAGCCGAAAGAAAUUGAACGGGCUGUCCUAUUCGCCACCGGCAAUGCCUUGGUUUGUGAAACUCCAGAGGAUGCUAUGAAAGUUGCUUACGAAUUGGAUCGUUCGCGUUAUGAUGCUUUGGCUUUGGAUGGUACAUUCUAUCAAAAAUCUGGCCUCAUUUCUGGUGGCAGUCAUGAUUUGGCUCGCAAAGCUAAACGUUGGGAUGAGAAACAUAUGGCUCAGCUAAAAAUGCAAAAAGAACGUUUAAACGAAGAACUAAAGGAAUUGGUCAAGAAAUCUCGCAAGCAAAGCGAAUUGGCUACUGUUGAAUCACAAAUAAAGGGUUUGGAGAAUCGGUUAAAAUACAGUAUGGUCGAUUCCGAAUCAUCUAGAAAAUCGAUAGAACAAUUCGAUACUCAGCUUCAGCAAGUACAAAGUCAAUUGGACGAGUUUGGUCCUAAAAUUGGUGAAAUUGAAAGACGUAUGCAAAACCGCGAUCAAAACAUACAGACAAUCAAAGAAAAUAUGAAUAACGUGGAAGAUCAAGUGUUUGCUAAUUUUUGCAAGCGUUUGGGUGUUAAGAAUAUCCGCCAAUAUGAAGAACGGGAAUUAAUCAUGCAGCAGGAGCGAGCCCGUAAACGCGCUGAAUUCGAACAGCAGAUAGAUGCCAUCAAUACACAGUUAGACUUUGAAAAGCAGAAAGAUACAAAAAAAAAUGUCGAGCGUUGGGAACGCAGCGUUCAAGACGAAGAAGAUGCUCUAGAGGGUUUAAGAGCUGCCGAGAAACGUUACCUUAAAGAAAUAGAUGUGGAUAAGGAGAGAAUGGAACAAUAUAAGCAAGAGAAGAAUGCGAAGAAGCAAGCUGUCGAUGAUAUGGAGGAAGAAAUAUCAAAGGCACGCAGAGAAGUGGCUAAUUUAGCCAAAGAAGUACAUAAUAUGGGAUCACAACUGUCGUCAAUUGAAGCCAAAAUUGAAGCGAAAAAGAAUGAACGCCACAAUAUACUUAUGCAGGCCAAGAUGGAUUGCAUUGCGGUGCCUUUGCUUAAAGGGUCUUUAGACGACGCCGUGCGUCAAGGCGACUCAGAGAGUGGUACAAAUUCAAACUCAACUUCUUUAAUACUUGAAAGGGAAAACCGUAUUGAAGUUGAUUAUCAGAAUUUGCCUCGUGAUUUGUGCAAGCUAAAAGAUGACUCUGCAUUCAAAAAGACGAACGAGCAACUUCAAAAGGAGCUACAAAAUAAACUAGAAGUUCUGGAGCGCAUACAAACACCGAAUAUGAAAGCUAUGCAAAAACUUGAUCGUGUUACUGAAAAAGUACAAUCGACUAACGAAGAAUUUGAAAAUGCACGACGUAAAGCGAAAAAAGCUAAAGCUGCCUUUGAGAAAGUGAAAUCCGAUCGUAUUGAAAAGUUUACAAUGUGUUGCAAUCACAUCUUAGAGGCUAUAGAUGGUAUCUAUAAGAAGUUAGCUCGCAACGAAGCUGCUCAAGCGUAUUUGAGCCCGGAUAAUCCAGAAGAGCCUUAUUUGGAUGGCAUUAAUUAUAACUGUGUCGCACCUGGUAAACGUUUUCAACCCAUGAGCAAUUUGAGCGGAGGGGAAAAAACAAUAGCUGCUCUGGCUUUAUUGUUUUCAAUACAUAGUUAUCAGCCUGCACCUUUCUUCGUACUUGAUGAAAUUGAUGCUGCCCUUGACAAUACUAAUAUUGGUAAAGUGGCGUCAUACAUACGGGAUCACACUACAAAUUUACAAACAAUUGUUAUUUCAUUGAAAGAAGAAUUUUAUGGACAUGCCGAUGCCUUAGUCGGCAUUACACCUGGUGAGGGCGAUUGCUUGGUUUCAAAUGUUUACCUAUUCGAUUUAACUGAAUUCGAGGACAGAUAUUGAAUGUAUAUUAUCGUUAAUCUUUUCAUUUCGUUGGAAUUGCUCCCCCCCAUUACACGCAAUUAUUAUUAUGUAAUUAAUUAUCGUGGAUUAUAGUUUUAUUGUUUAUUGUGGCACUUAUACAACAAUAUAUGGAAAGACAUCCCAUAAUUAAAUUCAUGUAUU